GCCGGGCCACAGUUCUUGGUGCUCCGCCCCGGCGUGCUGCGCAUUUUCCCUACGGAGAAGGGCAAGCGCAGCCGCCAGGCGGAGCACUCGGUGCAGCUCCUGCGGGCGGAGGCGGUGGCGCUGGACCCGCAGUGUCUGCAGCUCCAGACCCGAGUGCCGUGCGAGGGCAAGUACUUCUUUCACGGCUCUGAGGAGGAGAUUAAGGAGUGGACCGAUGCUUUGGCCCAGAAUAUCGCAGAGACCAAGACCAGGUUUGAGCGCUAUUUGAAGGUCAUCACGGAAGGCAGCACCGUGUACAA